AUGAUACAUGAAGAUUUUCUACAAUUUUUUGAGAUUGAAAGUCCAACUGGUGAAUCUUUGGCAAGUUCCAAAUUAAAUAGUUUAAGUAAAUGUGGAAUUGAUUGUAAUUAUCUAUAUGGACAGGGCUAUGACGGAGCUAGUAAUAUGUCUGGACAAUUUAAAGGAGUUCAAAAUAUUGUUAUAUCAAAAUACCCUAAAGCUGUAUAUGUCCAUUAUGCAGCACAUUCAUUGAACAUGGCUGUAUCAACUGCAAAUAUUCCUCCAAAUACGCUGUCGACAUUUUUAAAAAAUAAGGCGGAUAUUUUAAAACAAUUUCAAAACAAUAAAGGUGACUGUAAAAGAUCAAAACCAGCAGAAUUACCAAAUGUAGAGGUAUGUUUAUUCAAAUGGUUUACUCAAUGUAGAGAUAAAAAUAUACCUAUAAGUGGACCAAUACUAAAAGAAAAAGCAGAAUAUUUCGUAACUCAAUUUGGUUAUUCUAAUUUUAAAGCAAGUCAAGGCUGGUUAGGAAAUUGGAAAAAUCGUCAUAACAUAAUUUUUCGUAAAAUAUGUGGUGAAAGUGCUUCUGUAAAUGACUCUUUAUGUAAUGAAUGGUUAGGAAAGUUAUCAAACAUCAUAAAAGAAUAUUCUCCCGAUGAUGUAUUUAAUGUGGAUGAGACAGCAUUGUUUUUUAAAUGCCUACCCGACCGCACUUAUAUUUUGAAAGGGGAAACUUGUUCAGGUGGCAAACAAAGCAAGGAACGGAUAACAAUUCUUUUAGGAUCAAAUAUGUCAGGUUCCGAAAAAAUUAAACCACUUAUAAUCGGGAAAUCAACUAAACCACGAUGAUUUAAAGGAGUAAAGAGUUUACCAUUACAUUAUGAGUCAAACAA